AUGUCGGAUACCAUGCUGAUGCCGCAAACCUCGCUAUGGGCAAACAGAAAAUGCCUGCUCAUCUGCACCGUUGUUUCGAUCGCGAACAUGCAAUACGGCCUAGACCUGGCGGCCGUGGGCGGUCUACAGGCGAUGCCCGGCUUCCUCAUCGUCUUCGGCUACCCCGACCCGAGCAGCGCCGGCGGCUAUGCCAUUGAUGGAACUUUUCAGCAGCUCAUUACCAGCCUGCUGACGCUUGGUUCCUUCUUGUCGUCCCUUACCGCCGGCGUUUUUGCCCAUUUCUACGGCCGCAAAACGGCUCUGUGGACGGCAUGCAUGCUCAAUGUUGUUGCAUGCAUCAUUCAAAUAGCGGCCGAGGACCAAGGAGCUGUAUACGUUGGACGGCUAAUACUUGGGUUCGCCAAUGGAUUCUUGGUCACUUUCUCCAACAUCUACACAUCAGAAGCUUCACCGGCGCAUCUGCGCGCUGUAAUCGUUGCUCUGUUUGCAUACUGGGUGAACAUUGGCAGCAUCAUCGGCGCGGCGGUUACGAACGCGGUCAAGAACAGACUGGACAAAGCGUCCUACCAGAUCCCGCUCGGAACCCUAUUCAUAGUCCCUCUCUUCCUCACAGUCGGGCUGUGCUUCGUCCCUGAAUCGCCCCGCUACCUCCUCAACAAGGGCAAAACAGGCCAAGCGCGCAGGGCUCUGGAGACUCUCCGCGGAGACUCGCUGAGCGCGGAGCACCUUGAGUUCGAAUGGGCCGAGAUGGUCAAGGGCAUCGAAGAAGAAAAGCGCCUUGCAACCACGGUGGGUGCGCUGGACAUGUUCAAGAACAGCGAUCUCCGCCGCACGCUCCUCUGCUACGGCAUGAUAGCCUGCCAGACGGCGUCGGGCAUCUGGUUCCUGAUCAGCUACGCCACGUACUUCAUGAUCGUCGGCGGCCUCAGCGUCGACGAAGCGUUCAAGUUCUCCGUCAUGAACACGUGCGUCGGCUUCAUCGGCGUCAACGUCGGCAUGGUCGCGAUGCGGCACCUGGCCGGGCGGCGGACGGUGCUCAUGUUCGGCGCCGCCUUCUGCGGCGUCUGCAUGCUGGCGCUGGCGGUCGCGGCGUCGGUGGCCACGAGCACCGUGGUCCAGCAGCGGGACUGCCUGAUCGCCUUCACCGCGCUGUUCUUCUUCGGCUACAACUCGUGCGUCGGCGCGGCGAGCUAUCCGGUUGCCACGGAGCUGGUGAGCACGAGGCUGCGGUCGUGGACCGUGGGGACCGCCACGAGUCUGGGCUAUUUCCUGGCCUGGCUGACGGCGUUUUGCACUCCCUACUUCAUCAACCCGGGGGAAAUGGACUGGGGGGCAAAAUAUGGCUACAUCUGGGCAGCCGCGAACUUCCUUUGCAUGGGGUUUUUCUUCUUCUGCAUGCCCGAGCUCAAGGGCCGUACGCUCGAAGAGAUCGACGAGCUCUUCCUGAACAACGUUUCGGUCGCGAAUUUCCCCAAGUACCGGACGGCCAUUGGAGAUGCCGCGGCGCAGGAGGUGAAGGAUCACGGCGGACUGUCUGGCCAGAAGGCGGGAGGAGCCACGGAGCAUGUGGAACAUGUGCAGUGA